AUGAACUUAAUUACGAAGUUAUAUUGGCAUACUAACGUAAAGGACUUUGUUACGGGCUUGAGCAUACUAUCACGUGGAUCAAUAGACGAAAAGCUUCGCUGGACAUUUUCGCUUUAUGACAUAAAUGGAGAUGGCUGUAUCACACGAGAUGAAAUGACGGAUAUCGUGACUGCGGUUUAUGAACUGAUGGGAAAAUUUUCUGACCCCAAUAUGGAUACUGAUGGUGUGAGAGAGCGAGUCGAUAGAAUAUUUCAGAAAAUGGACGGCAACAAAGAUGGCGUGGUGACACUAACUGAAUUUUUGGACGCGUGUCGCUCUGACCCUGAGAUAUCAGCAUCAAUGGCUGCCCUGGACACGGCUUUCUGA